AUGAACUAAGGACAAUAAUCUCAAUAACAAUCAAAUGGUUACCAUAACCCAAUAGAGGAUCAGUUAAAUUACAAAAAUUAUUACAGAAUUCUGGUGUUUUUUUUUGCAAUUUUAGUUAUAUUAGGAAUAAUGCAAACUUAUCAAUUCACUUAACAUAGGAGGGAGAAGCUUUUAACAUUUUUAUGA